AUGAGUCAUAUAAAACUAGGGUCUUUAGUAACACUCAUUCAGAAACAAACUGAACGUCAUUUUACUCUUCACCUUAAGGGAAAUGCAGGUUUUUCAUGGAAAAGUUGUAAUUCAGCAACCGAUCCUUUAACAGUAAUAUCAUUAACCGUUGAACCAGAUCCCAUUGUGUUGUCAAAAGAAAACUUAACAUUGUCGCUAAUAGUUAAUUCUACAAAACAAUUGUCACCUCCGAUUCCAAUGGCAUUGACUAUUGAAAGGAAGACGGGAUUCUUUGGGUUAUCUUUUAAAAUACCGUGUGUCAAUAAUCUUGGCUCCUGUACAACGGCUGAUGUUUGUGAAAUGUGUUUACAAUAUCAAAAACAAAACCAAAACUUAUCUUGCGAAUGUCCAUUCAAAGUGGGUCUACACACAUUUCCAAAAACAACCAUUUUACUUGGAAAAGACAUUCCUAAUUCAUUUACUGGUGGUUAUAAAAUAAAAGCUGAUUUUACAUCGAAAGAAGGACAUGCUGGAUGCGUUCAACUUGAAAUCAAAAUAGUAAAAUGA